CAUUUCAAAAGCAAGCAUCAUAGCGGCGCUUCGAAAGCUCGACACGUUAAUAUCUAGCAGCACAUCACUAUUUUGCUCUUAUGAGACCCUCGCGCUCCGUCUUCUUCACGGCCAUAAGAUCAAGCAAAAGUGCGGAAGGGCUUUCCCAUUUCACACGGCCAUACAUCGAGGCGUCUAAUGGCCUCCAGCUUAGGGCUGUCCAUGUGAGAAGUAAAUCUGAGAAGAGAAGGGCAGACACUUAAAGAGAGAAGAGUUUCCCACAGAGCAUGGCCUCUGCCAAAGAAAAUGGUGUGGAUGAAAGAACGGUGGACAUUAAAGAAGAGGACUGUGAGCGGCUCACACCAGAGUAUGUGUGUGUGAAGCUGGAGGAUCACGAAGAAAGAAUUUCAGUUUUUAAAGAGGAGGAGGAGUGCAAAGGGGUGACUGCUGCCAUUAAAGCCGAGGAUUUGAAUGAUUUCUCCAUUGGUCUUGAACUUCAAAAGCCUGAAAGUGAGGAUAUUUUGAAGCAAGAUGCCUGUGAAGAAUCUCCAUCCAGUUUACAGCCCUGGUCCACUAAUACAGGAUGGCUGGGUACACAGGAGAAUUCUACAGAGCUGAAAUCAGAGUUAUCGGAGUAUGAAGAGAAAAUCAUUGAGGGAAAUGAGAGAGAAGGAGAAGAGUCACCUGGGAGUGUUGGAAUGAAUUUACAGAAGAAUGGCAGCUUCUCUCCACCUUUGUUUGGUCUGCCCUGUCUUCAGUACAAAGAGAAAGGUAUGAAGAAAUUGGAAAGAGGAUCAGAGAACCUGACAGCAGCCUUUUUGCCUUGCAGUUCUCUCCCUGCUACUGGAGCAACACAGACAGAAGCCAUCAAAACUGAUAGAAAACAAGUUGGGACAGAAAUCCAAAUUCAUACUGGAGAAAAGUGUUGUUUGGAAUGUGGCAAACAAUUCAAACACAAAAAUGAUCUUAAUAAACACCUGAAGUUUCACACUGGAGAAAGACCUUAUUGCUGUUCAGAAUGUGGUAAGUCGUUCUCAAGGAGAAGCAAUCUUCAGAGGCACAGAUUAAUCCACACAGGAGACAAACCUCAUUGCUGUCCAGAAUGUGGUAAAUCAUUCUCAUGUAGAAGUGAACUUCAGUGGCACAAAACAAUUCACACAGGAGAAAAACCUUAUUGCUGUUCAGAAUGUGGUAAGUCGUUCUCAUGCAUAAGCAAUCUUCAGAACCACAGAAGAAUCCACACAGGAGAAAAACCCCAUUGUUGUUCAGAAUGUGGUAAGUCAUUCUUAAGGAAAAACAGUCUUCAGAGGCACAGAAUAAUCCACACAGGAGAAAAACCUCAUUGUUGUCCAGAAUGUGGUAAGUCGUUCUUAAGGAGAAUCGGUCUUCAGACCCACAGAAUAAUCCACACAGGAGAAAAACCUCAUUGUUGUCCAGAAUGUGGUAAGUCAUUUUCAAGGAGAAGCCAUCUUCAGAAGCACAUAAGAAUCCACACAGGAGAAAAACCUAAUUGUUGUCCAGAAUGUGGUAAAUUGUUCUCAACGAGAAGCAAUCUUCAGAGGCACAGAAGAAUCCACACAGGAGAAAAACCUCAUUAGUGUCCAGAAUGUGCCGAACAAUUUUGUGACAAAUGCAGUUUUCAAAGGCACACAGAAAUUGAUACUGGAGAGAAGCCAUAUUGCUGUUCUCAAUGUGGAAAGAGGUUUUAAAUAUUAGCUCUUUUCAAGUAAACACACAAACUCCCACUAAUGUAAGAAUGCAGUAUGUAUAUUCUUAAUAUGACAAAUGUUGUAUACAAGCCAGUAAGGUCCACGUGCCGUAAUCCAUACUAAAGAAAAAUCUCAUUGCUGUUCUGAAUGAGAAAAACAAUUCUUAUAUUUAUGCACACUUCAGUGCCACAUCUGAACUCAUACUGGAGAUAAACCUUAUUGUUGCAUUGAAUGUAAUAAGCAGUUCUCACAACAAAGCACCAUAAAAAGUCGCAUCAGAUGUCACACUGGAGAGAAACCUCACCAUUGCUUGGAAUGUGGCAAACAAUUCUGUUAUGGUGUAUAAAAUCUACAUCUUA